AUGCGGCUGAAGCUGGGCUUCCUGCUGCGCGCCGUGCUGCUGGCGGGCAGCUUUUUGGGGCUGCUGCUACUCUGGUCCUCGCUGUCGCCCCGCACCGAGGAACCGGCUCUCCCGGGACGGACGCGGGAUGACAAAGAAGUCAACAGACCCUUGCCAAACAAAGGAGACCAUGGACUCGGAAAUGAGAAGUUCAAACCUGUGGUACCUUGGCCUCAUGUUGAAGGUGUGGAAGUGGACUUGGAAUCUAUUCGAAGGAAAAAUAAGGCCAAAAAUGAACUAAAUCAUGGUGGUGGUGAUAACAAACAACAAAACAUCAUCCAGAGGCAGUAUUUCACAUUUAAGCCUCAGACAUUUGUAUACCGAGAUCCUGUUUUGCGACCUGGAGUCCUUGGUAAUUUUGAACCCAAAGAGCCUGAGCCUCAUGGAGUUGUUGGUGGCCCUGGAGAGGAAGCAAAGCCAUAUGUUUUAGGACCAGAAUACAAAGAAUCCAUUCAAGCCAGCAUUAAAGAGUUUGGGUUUAAUAUGGUGGCAAGCGAUAUGAUCUCACUAGAUCGAAGCGUUAAUGACUUACGUCAAGAAGAAUGCAAAUACUGGCAUUACGAUGAAAACCUGCUCACCUCCAGCGUUAUCAUUGUCUUCCAUAACGAAGGGUGGUCCACGCUCAUGAGGACAGUCCACAGCGUCAUUAAGAGAACACCAAGGAAAUACUUGGCAGAAAUUGUGCUGAUCGACGAUUUUAGCAACAAAGCACACUUGAAAGAGAGGCUGGAUGAGUAUCUUAAGCAGUGGAACGGCCUUGUAAAGGUAUUUCGAAAUGAGAGGAGGGAAGGUUUAAUCCAAGCUAGGAGCAUUGGAGCCCAGAAGGCUAAACUUGGACAGGUUUUGGUUUACCUUGAUGCACAUUGUGAGGUGGGAAUUAAUUGGUAUGCACCACUUAUAGCUCCUAUUUCUAAGGACAGAACCACGUGCACUGUGCCGCUUAUAGAUGUCAUAGAUGGCAACACUUAUAAGAUUGUACCACAAGGGGGUGGUGACGAAGAUGGGUUUGCUAGAGGAGCGUGGGAUUGGAGUAUGCUUUGGAAGAGGGUUCCCUUGACCAAGCGAGAGAAGGAAAGCAGAAAGACAAAAACUGAACCGUAUCGGUCCCCUGCAAUGGCUGGUGGAUUGUUUGCCAUUGAACGUGAUUUCUUCUUUGAACUGGGUCUGUAUGAUCCAGGGCUUCAGAUUUGGGGUGGUGAAAAUUUUGAAAUUUCUUACAAGAUCUGGCAGUGUGGGGGAAAACUGUUGUUUGUUCCCUGUUCUCGUGUUGGACACAUUUAUCGUCUCCAGGGUUGGCAAGGAAAUCCACCCCCUGUGUAUGUUGGGUCUUCUCCCACAUUAAAGAACUAUGUCAGAGUUGUAGAAGUGUGGUGGGACGAAUACAAAGAUUACUUCUAUGCCAGUCGGCCAGAGACAAAAGCGCUGCCCUAUGGAGAUAUAUCUGAGCUGAAGAAAUUCCGUGAGGAUCACAACUGCAAAAGUUUCAAGUGGUUUAUGGAAGAAAUAGCAUAUGAUAUACCAUCAUAUUAUCCCUUACCACCUAAAAACGUAGACUGGGGAGAGAUCAGAGGCUUUGAGACAGCGUACUGCAUCGACAGCAUGGGGCACACCAACGGUGGCUUCGUUGAGCUUGGGCCGUGCCACAGAAUGGGAGGAAAUCAGCUUUUCCGAAUCAAUGAAGCUAAUCAACUCAUGCAGUAUGAUCAGUGCUUAACUAAAGGACCGGAUGGAUCCAAAAUUAUGAUUACACACUGUAAUCAGAAUGAAUACAAGGAUUGGCAAUAUUUCAAGAAUCUGCACAGAUUUACUCACAUUCCGUCAGGAAAGUGCUUGGAUCGCUCCGAAGUCCUCCAUCAAGUUUUCAUUUCAGAGUGUGACUCCAGUAAAGCAACGCAAAAAUGGGAAAUGAACAACAUCCUUAGUGUGUAG